AUGUUUUCAGGUAGAAUUGGUGGUAGUAUUUUUAGGGAUUCAAGUUGGAUUCUUAAGAUUUCUGUUAUGUUUGUUAAUAUGGUUAGUGUUCUAUUUUGGAUUUCUUCAGUUAUGUUUAAAAAUAUCGAUAUGUAA